UAAGUUUCAGACACUGUGAGGACAUUUGACCACACUGACAGGAGUGUGUCUGUGUGAUUAAAGUGGAUUAGUGUGUGCUGGGGAGCAGCAGCAGUCGGAGGCGAGCAGCAGGCGGCUGGCAGCUCUGAGAUACAGAAAGCGAGCUGGAGAUCACAGGUGACAUCAUCAGCAGGUGACAUCCUUCCCAUGGUGCCCUGCAGCCUCAGGGGUCACCAUGGAAGACCAGUCUUUCCCAGAAUGCCAAGCUCAGGAGCUGUUUGAUGAAUUUGUAUCAGCAUCAACCUGCAGGGCGGCAAUGCGCUCCUUCAGCCAGCUUUGUGAACAUCUGCAGCUGGACCCGAGCACUGCCGAAAGGCCACUGUACCGACCGAUUAAACGCCGCCUCAACUACUGGAGGGCGAAUGGUCUGUGGGCCAAGCUGGACCGGAGGGGGGCGCAGGAGGAGUACCAGAGGGCGCGAGCCUGCAGCGAUGUGACUUGUGUUAUCAUUGGCGCAGGGCCUUGCGGUCUGCGGACAGCAGUGGAGCUGAGCUUCAUGGGCGCUCGAGUGGUGCUGCUGGAGAAGAGGGACACCUUCUCCAGGAACAACGUGCUCCACUUAUGGCCCUUCACCAUCCACGACCUGCGGGGCCUCGGUGCCAAAAAGUUCUAUGGAAGGUUUUGUGCCGGCUCCAUCGACCACAUCAGUAUUCGCCAACUGCAGCUUGUCCUGCUGAAGGUCGCCCUGCUCCUGGGGGUCGAAGUUCAUGUCAACGUGGAGUUUAAAAAGCUGGUGGAGCCAGCAGAGGACCAGCACAGACACAAGCUGGGCUGGAGAAUGGAGGUGAGUCCAAAGAAUCACCCUGUGAGUCAGCUGGAGUUUGAUGUAAUAAUCGGAGCAGAUGGACGCAGGAACACACUGCCAGGUUUCAGGCGUAAAGAGUUCAGGGGGAAGCUUGCCAUCGCCAUCACAGCAAACUUCAAGAACAGAAACACCACAGCUGAGGCCAAAGUGGAGGAGAUCAGUGGUGUGGCAUUCAUCUUUAACCAAAGGUUUUUCCAGGAGCUACGACAGGAAACUGGGAUUGACUUGGAGAAUAUUGUGUACUACAAAGACGACACACACUAUUUUGUGAUGACGGCAAAGAAACAGAGUCUAUUGGAAAAAGGAGUCAUUCUGCAGGAUUUUGCAGACACAGAGCUGCUCCUCUCUCGAGGGAACGUUGACCAGAAUGCAUUGCAGGCGUAUGCCCGUGAGGCUGCAGACUUCUCCACCAAUCACCAGCUGCCAACUCUGGACUUCGCCAUGAAUCACUAUGGUCAGCCUGAUGUUGCCAUGUUCGACUUCACCUGCAUGUAUGCAUCAGAGAACGCUGCUAUGGUUCGCCAACGCCACGGACACCAGCUGCUGGUCACACUGGUUGGAGACAGCCUGUUGGAGCCCUUCUGGCCAAUGGGGACCGGAGUCGCUCGAGGGUUUCUGGCAGCACUGGAUUCGGCUUGGAUGAUACGAAGUUGGGCUCAGGGCGCAGCUCCUCUGGAUGUCCUGGCUGAGAGAGAGAGUUUGUACCGUCUCCUCCCUCAGACGACUCCAGAGAACAUGCAAAAGAACAUCACUCUGUACUCUGUAGAUCCAACAACAAGAUACAUGAACACCAGCCCUUUGACCGUCACACCUGCCCAGGUGAGGCACCUCGUUGACACAGGAGAAGAGGCGGGGCUAACCACAGACUGCAGUGAUAUCAUCCGGCUCCCCUCCCCUAGAUACAUCAGACAGGAAUCCUUCUCUCAAUCCAAUCAGCUGCUGACUUGGUGUCAGGAACAGACUUGUGGUUACCAUGGUGUUAAUGUUACUGACCUGACUACUUCCUGGAGGAGUGGCCUUGCCCUGUGUGCUCUUAUCCACCGACACCGACCUGAUCUGAUAGACUUUGAUUCUCUGGACAAGUCGUCAGUGGAAGAAAACACUCGACUCGGCUUUGAUGUGGCUGAACGAGAGUUUGGGAUUUCUCCAUUGAUGACGGUGGAGGAAAUGUCGUCUGUGGAAGAGCCGGACUCUCUGUCGAUGGUCAUGUACCUGAGUCAGUUUUACCAACUGCUCAAAGACUCGCCGCCCCCUGCAGGCUGCCUGAGGCACAUCACUGACCUGCGAUCAGCUCUCAUUGCUCCCGCCUCCCUCCUCAGCCGACUGGGAACCAGUUUGUCCAGGAAGAGAAACCCAAAGGAGCAUAGGGAGGCAUUGGGUAAAAGGAGGAAGACCAGUCAGCAGAGGCGAGAGCAGCAGGAGUCAUGUGACCUGAAUGGUGAUGUUGAGAGCCAGUCAUUUGAGGAGGAGUUUGUGGGUGGGGCCAGUCGGUCCAGAGUUCGUUUGAUGGCCAAUCAGCUACAGGCAAAACUGGAUGAAAGUUCAUCUACCUGCAGGACAUCUUCUUCUCCUGCUUCUGCUGAUUUCCGUCGACAACAGGGGGAGCUAUCCAGCCUCCCUCCAGCCUCCGAGCCAGCAGACAUUCAGCCGACUGCAGCUCCAGUUCACUCGUCAUCAUGGAGGCCGAAAAAACGAACUCUUCAGCAGGAGCAGAUGAGUUUUCGGUUCAAACAGAAGCUCAAGGCUCAGGCAGUUCUCGAUGGGGACGAACAGGUGCCUGAGCAAGUACCUGAACAGGUCUCUUCCAGCUGCAGUCACAUCUGUUUCUUCUGUAAGCAGAGGGUUUAUGUGAUGGAGCGUCUCAGUGCCGAGGGCUUGUUCUUCCAUCGCAGCUGCUUCCAGUGUGGUUCCUGCAGCAGUCCCCUCCGCCUGGCCUCGUACACAUAUGACCAGCACGCCGGGAGGUUUUACUGCCUGCAGCGCUCCGAAUGUCACCUAAGCGCUCCAGCCGUGAGGAAGAGGCCGACGCCGUCUGACAGAGCUGCGUCACACCGAACGUCAAUCGGGUCCCAGAGCUCGGCGCCAUCUCUGUCUGACUCUCUGAUCUCAGCAGGCCGCCGUCCAUCCUCAGCUGCUUCUCUACUGGCGGUGACGCCGGAGAGGAUCGAGCUGGAAAUCUGGCGCCGGAGCUCAGAGGCGGAGCUGCAGGAGGAGCUGGAGGAGGUUUCCGAGGAGGUCCUGAACCUAUUCAACCUGAGCACCGACAAUCAGACGGGGUCCAGGUCCAGAAGUUCAGAGUCAGACAUGGAGGAGGAGGCAGAGGGAGGAGGCUGUGUAACCUCAGAUGAGACGAGAUCUUCAUCGAGAGAAACUCUGCAGCUUUACCUGAGAGUCCAGGAGGAGGAGGAGGAGGAGGAAGGCAGUGACAUGGAGUCCAGCGAUGAGGGGGAGUACGACCCCUGGGAGAUGGAGCGCCGCUCGGGCUUAUGGCUCCUGUUAGAGGAGGAGACAGAGGUGGAGCUUCCUCCUCACAGCUCUGACACACCUGUUCAGCCUGACUCCACCUCUUCCAUGAACUCAUCUGUGACUCCACCCCCUGUCGCCACCACCGCCAGCACAGCCUCCUUCAUCACCACACCUGACUCCCCUCACAGUGAGGACGGAGCCAGAGCACCACUCACACCUGCCGUUGUCAUGGAGACACCUGCUGCCAGUGGGCGGGACUCAUUUGACAACAUCACACCUGAACUGCCGCAAAAUAGGCCCCUCCUCCUGCAAGAGAAAGGGGAGGGGUCAGAGGAGGACCCAGGGACAUUUAGGAGGAGGAGGAGGACGAGACGGCGAGAAGCUCAUAGCCUGCCCCCUAGACUCCUCUUCCCCCCCCUGCAGCCUGGGGGCAGGGCUCUCCUCUUUAAGAUGCUCAGAGAGGCUCCUCCCCCUGGGCAGAUGGAGCUGGGAGGGGUUGGAGCCAGAAAUCUAUUAAAGACUGUGUUUUCUGGAAACAAGAAUGAGGAGAAGAAGAAGGGGGGCAGGACUUUACCUGCAGAGAGGGUGAAGGAGAAAACAGCCAGUCAUAGAUUCACAGAUGUGAGAGCAGAGGUGUCAGAUCUUGAUUCAUCCACUGUGUUGCAGAGAUGUUCCCUGAAGCCCCAAAACAACCUGCGUUUGGAGUUGCUUGACCUGACCAAUGAAAUUCAGAGGGUUGCCAUCGAGGAGGAGGAGAACCAGGAGCCGCCAUAUGUUCCUCACGCUGUGGCUUUCAAACGAUCAUACGCCAUCAAGAGACGCCCCCUGAGAGACAGAGUCCCGCUACAGGACUCUGACGGCCAGUCUUCCUGCCCCACGGAGGUGGUGGGGGUCCUGGUCCAGCCGAAGGAGGCAUCCAGUUUGAGCGUGAAGGAAACCAUGUUCCAGAGGGAGUGUGAGGAUAACGAUGACGACCUGGACACCAGAAUCACGCGACGGGUUCAGAGAGCUGCAAGGAGACAGGCCAAACAAGAAGAACUGAAAAGACUCCACAAGGCCCAGAUGAUCCAGAGGCAGCUGCAGCAGGUGGAGGAGAAGCAGAGGCAGCUGGAGGAGAGAGGAGUGAUGGUGGAGAAAGCUCUGAGAGGAGAAGCAGAUUACUGGGGAGAAUCCAGCCAAAGCGCAGACAUGGAGCUUCACCUGGGAGGGCUCGGGAAACUGGAUAAUCCGCCGCUGAUGCAGCAGUGGUUCCUGCUGGUCCAGCAGAAGAAUGCUCUAGUCCGAUAUGAAGCUGAGCUCAUGAUCUUCGCUCGAGAGCUGGAGCUGGAGGACCGGCAGAGUCGCCUGCAGCAGGAGCUCAGAGAGAGGAUGGCUGUGGACGACCACCUGAAGGACGAAGAGCAGCUGGCUGAGGAGCGUCUGAUCCUGGAGGAGAUGCUGGAGGUGGUUGAGCAGAGAGACUCUCUGGUGUCCCUGCUGGAGGAGCAGCGACUGCAGGAGCGACAGGAAGACAGGGACCUGGAGCAGCUGAUGGUGUCCGGAGGACUGGGACUCACCUGGACCUGAGGCAGUCAGACUUUCUGUCUCACCUGUCAGAGGUCUUUUAUUUGCCUGCCUGCGGGGAUGAGAUGUGUAAAACUGCAAACUGUCAAGUUGACCUGAGGAGACUCUGCUUUAGUGCAUGUAAACUGUCCAGUUGGAGAGAAACAAUUAUACUUAUUAACUUUUUAAAAUGGAUUCAUAAAAACUACCCACGAGCAGAAACAGGAUGUCUUACUCUGAAAUCAGCUGACCUCUAAUGUUUCCUUAGAGGUUAGAGUCAUCAGAGCAACUUGAUGGAUUAAAUCCAGCAGAACCCAAACAGAUACAGGAUGGUCUGAAUUGAACCAUCUAAUCAGGUGUGAUGAUGUCAUUUACCCCAGAGAAGAUGAGAAAACCUCCACUUUUCUGACUGCAGGAGUUAGCAUUAAUGCUAACAACCUGCAUUCGCUAUAGUGAUGGAACACUGACAUGGCUGCUAGCCAAUACCAUGCUACUGCUACUGCUAACCAGCUACCAUAACCCACUGAGCUAGCUGUGUUGCUAGCUGGAGUAAAAGUAAGCUAAUCUAAAUGAAGAGGUGUUUGUGCAGCUUGUCCUGCUGCAGAGUUUAAAUAUUUCUAACUCCUCUAGAGAGGACACAAGAAGUCAGCUCAUGCCACAAAAGAAAUCACCAAAGGUGGACUUUAGCUCUCAGUACUGAGCUAUCUUAAAGCUCCAUUCUUUCUACUGACAACAGGGGUAGACUCCUCUGACCUGAGCUCAGUAAACUCUUUCCUGAGGAGUUUACAGUCUCAGAUGCUGGUUUGAAGUCAGACCAUGGGGGGCAGUGCUAAAACAGCUUGAACGAAACUGAGGUCCAGUUUAAGAUAAAGAAGAAUUAUUUUAAAGAUCGAUUAUGCAAAGCUGCCCUAGCAGAGUGUGCAAAUAAAAACUUGGAGCUGGUGAUGGUCCAAUCAUCUGUGGAUCCACAAUCUAAUCAAUAAUCACCUCUUUCACACAGAUUUGAAGAGAAGAAUACAAUCCACAGCAAACAAGUAUCCUUUAUAGGGAUCAGAAUUUAGCAAUUAGAUUCCAUAUCGAUUCUCAUUUGCUCCAUUUUAAUAGUCAUCACCAUGGCUAAGCAGCAUAUCAAAUGCAUUAUAUUCAUGCAUUUGCAUAUUACAUGCUGUGUGUCAAAUGUUAGAAUACAGUAGAAUAGAAUAGCCCUUUACUGUCAUUGUCAUACAUGCACAACAAAAUUGUGGAGGCUCCACCCCAGCUGUCAGGAAUAAAAUAUAAAAACUAGACAGCAAGAGUUCAAGAAUUCAAAAGCGGGCUCAAUAGGCAGGCAGACUAAUGAAUCAAAUUAAUUCUACUAGAAACCGGUCGUCUACAAGAACUGGAUCUCGAUACCCAUUCCUAAUAUUUAGAUAUUAAAACAGAGUAUUUAAACCCUUUGAGACCAAACCCUCUGGUCUCAUAUCACUGUUUUAAAAACUCUUUUAUAAAGUUUAGGCACUCUUAAUUAAGCUAACACUUGCUAAAGAUGUUUGAGCAUUUCACAAACAGCAUUUGUGGCCCUUUAGUAACUCAGGUGACUCCUGAUGAUGGCUGGGACCUGGUGGGGUUCGUGGACGUGGUUUUUGACACAAAAAGUUUUUUAACGAAAACUUUAAUAUUUAAUAAAAAAUGUUUUAAAACAUCUGAUGAACCAUGUGACCCAGCCUCAAUGACAUUUUUAUUUAAUUGAUUAUUGAUUGUGCCAUCAGAUCACCUGUGUGCCUUACCUGCCACCUGAUCAAUAACAUGUGUUCAUGCAACGAUGAUGGUUAUUACUGUAACUCUGACUCUGUGCUGUGAAAUAAACCUCUCAUUUCUGACA